AGCAGCGGUUUUGGGAGCGUGAACGGGGAGAUCUAGCAAGGUAUGGCUUCGAUGGGAUCUCUCCCUUCCCGCUUUAUCAAUAGCCUCAAUCCCAUCCGCCAAGAUGGAUCAGAUUCUCGCAACAACAUUGUUUCUCGCCUUGGACAGAUCUCCUUACUGAAGUUUGGCUUCGGUUUCUUGGUGUGUCGAGGCGUUCAUUCAUCGGGGGUCCUUCGCAAAGUUCACUCUAAAUUCAAUGCACAGAAGGACGACAACGUCCAAGCUGCAGCAGCCCCAGAAGUAGCAGCCAAUUCCCCGUACCCAGCCUGGGUCACAUGGAUUUUGGGGUCGAUUCUAUCAAUGGUUCUACCAUUUUGGAAGACAAAAUUGAUGGCAUUUCUCAAAUUAGAAGAUGAGGUAGAAAAAGCGGUUGAAAAUGUAGCUGAGGCAGUUGAGAAGGUGGCGGAGGCCACAGAAAAGGCAAUAGAAGAGUUGGAAGAAGAGCUUCCUGCGGAUGGGAAGCUGAAGGAAGCUCUUGUUGCAGUUGAGAACUCAGUAAAGGAAGUACAAAAAGAUGCCAAAGCAGCUGAACAACUCAUUCAUAAGGUAGAUGAAAUGAAGGAAGAGGUGGAGAAUCUAGUGGGGCCUUUACUCAACAAAGUAGAAGCUGCUGAGCUUGUCAAAAAGGAAGCCUAGAAGCAAUUGGGUUGCAUGCCUUUCGCGGCCUUCUUAUCUAAAAAUAAAAAUUCUCAUACACCCUUUUAAAUCUCUCUGAAGUAAUCAGUGUAAUAUGUUAGCUUUUAUUUUAUUUGCUCAAUUAGAUAUUUGUAUGUACUUUUGUAAAGCCUGAGCCCUAUUUGUUCCCUGUUCGCAACUUUGUAGAUGUGGGUCCCAUGGUUGAUUUAUCCAAACAAUUGAUAUGACGACCCUAUCAUUGUUGGACCA